CGUUUGGCGGCGCGGCGGUUGGCGCCUCCGCUGUCAGUGUCCGAGCGUGCGGCGGCGGCGGCGGCGCUUCAGCCCGCUCCGGAGCUGGGCGGCGAGAGCUGGGACACCCCAGGCCUACCGCAUGAGAGCUGCCCCAGGAGCAACGAGGACUAAUCCCGGGAGAAGCCUGGCCUACUGGAUGAGCAGACUGUCCCUGGAGAAGCCUGGAGUUGAUAGGCGCUAGGUCUGACGAGUGAGAGCCAUCCUGAACGCUGCUGGGAUUUCUUAUGUUCUGCUCGGACAGACUCUCUUGGGAAAAUCCAUGAUUGAAUGGAUGUUGUUGAUUUAAACUGGGAUAAAAGGAAAAAAAUCCUUACAUAGCCUAUCGUAUCCAACAGGUCUGCAAUAGAUCAUCAAUCAACUCUCGAAAGAGAGCUGUGGUGGAAAUAAAUUGAGCCAAACGAAGAGAGAUUCUGGCAAUUUUUUGAGUCAGAAGAGUUGCUGAUAAAAUAAAGUGACCUGGAAAUCCCAAUGAUAAACUGAGAUUUGCUGAAGUGCAUAAAAAGAAAUCUUGAUCAAGACUGAGUGUAAACCAAAAUUUGGAUUAAAUGGUUCAGAGGCUUUUUGGAUUAAACUGAGAAAUCUACCUUGGGUAAAGAUACUAAUCCUGGGAGACAGCAGACAAGACAAACCUGUUUCAGGUGGUAAAACUACUGCAGUUUUGUGCUGCUGAAGUGGGAAUAGAGGACCGGAUAAUGGAUGUUCUUCCAUAUUUUUUUUUUUAAGGGAGUGUUAGCAAGAAGCAAAGGAAGGGAUAGGUUACCUGAUACCUGGCAGAGUCCAGGUCUGUUAGUCUCCAGCUGAAUAAGGUGGCCCUGUUUCGCAUGUUUUUUAUAUUUUGUACUGUAAUAGAGGAUUGUGUCCUGUGGGGCGCUUUAACACUUUAAUGCUGGGUUUUUAAAAAUUCUUCUCUGCAUCUCUAAAAGAAUGUGCAUUAGUGUCUUUGCAAAUAUCUUGCUCUUUAAAAGUAUCUGAUUAAAAUGCAUGUUAUUGGAAAUUUAAAUUAAAGCAUUAAGUUGUCACAUGCACAGACGUUUAGCUGACCAAAAGAAAAUUAUUUUAAACAAGUUUGGUUUAUUCUAGUCUUGCUAAAUGGUUUGGAAUCUGCAAGUGGGUUGAAGCUGUGCUUGACUGCGAAUAGUUAAAACUUGGAUGCUGCAGCAUUUUGAGUCGAGACUUUGCUGGUAAAUCAUUCAUGAAUUUUUUUUUUGUACUUUUUAAUACCAAAAAUGUUAGGUAUAUUUUAUCUUAACUAGUCUUUAAAAAUACAAGACUUAAGAGAACUUUCUUCAGGGCUAGCGAGGCUAAUUUAAAAUUUGUUUUAUUUGGAGAUCAAUUUAAUUGUGAGGCCAUUUUUUGGGAGAAGCCAUAGAUUUAGGGCAAAAUUUCAGUGUAUGCUGGAGGAGGGGAAAAGAACCUCAAAGUAUCUCCAUCCUUUACUUCUGUAGCCUUUGGAAUUAAUCUGGCACUGCUCCUGGGAUAUCAGACACUUUACUUCCUACACCAUUUUGGGAUAUAAAGGUGCAGAGUGAACUAAGAAACUCGAACAUAUCCAUUGGGGACUGAUGCUGAGGAAGAGCUGACAUACAAAGGGAUAAAGUCCGUAAUAUUAUACAGAAAUGGAUGUGUGGUCAAGAGUAGCAGUGUGGAUCCUGUGUGGUUUUCUUCUGCACCAAGGACAGGGGGAGAGGCCCCCAGGUACCCAUUUGGAUGAAACUGCAAUUGCAGAGUUCUGUCGAAUUGAUGAGCCCUUGUGCCACAUCGAAGAUGAGCAGCUCAGCUUUGAAGCUGUCUGCAAUAUCCACAAGCAGAUGGAUGACGACGCCAAUGGCAACGUGGAUGUAGAGGAGAGCGAUGAGUUCCUGAGGGAAGACUUAAAUUAUCAUGACCCAACAGUCAAACACAGCACCUUCCAUGGGGAGGAUAAACUCAUCAGCGUGGAAGAUCUCUGGAAGUCAUGGAAAACGUCCGAAGUGUAUAACUGGACAGUUGAUGAGGUGGUGCAGUGGCUAAUCACCUAUGUAGAACUGCCACAGUACGAAGAAACCUUCAGGAAAUUGCAGCUCAGUGGACAUGCCAUGCCCAGGUUAGCAAUAAACAACGCCACCAUGAUGGGAACUGUACUGAAAAUGACUGAUCGGAGCCACAGGCAGAAGCUGCAGCUGAAAGCCCUGGACACAGUGCUGUUCGGACCGCCUCUCUUAACUCGUCAUAACCACCUAAAGGAUUUCAUGUUGGUGGUGUCCAUUGUCAUUGGAGUGGGUGGCUGCUGGUUUGCCUACAUCCAAAACCGCUACUCAAAGGAGCACGUGAAGAGGAUGAUGAAAGACCUAGAAGGGCUUCAUAGAGCUGAGCAGAGUCUACACGACCUUCAAGAAAGGCUGCAGAAGGCCCAGGAGGAACACCGCACGGUGGAAGUGGAGAAGGUGCAUCUGGAGAAGAAGCUCCAAGACGAGAUCAGCAUCGCCAAGCAAGAGGCACACCGGCUGCGGGAGCUGCGCGAGGGGACGGAGAACGAGCUGAGCAGACAGAAGUACGCGGAGCAGGAGCUGGAGCAGGUCCGAAUGGCGCUGAAGAACGCAGAGAAGGAGCUUGAAUCCCACUGCAGCUGGGCUGCACCAGAGGCCUUGCAGAAAUGGCUCCAGCUGACCCACGAAGUGGAGGUCCAGUACUACAACAUUAAGAAACAGAAUGCAGAGAAGCAGCUGCUGGUGGCCAAAGAGGGGGCUGAAAAAAUUAAAAAGAAGCGAAACACCCUCUUUGGAACAUUUCAUGUUGCUCACAGCUCAUCCCUAGACGACGUUGAUCAUAAAAUCUUAACUGCGAAGCAAGCCCUGAGCGAAGUGACAGCUGCACUGCGGGAGCGCCUACACCGCUGGCACCAAAUCGAGCUGCUGUGUGGCUUCCAGAUUGUCAACAACCCAGGCAUCCACACGCUAGUGACAGCCCUGAACAUCGAUCCCAGCUGGGUGGGCACUUCCCGGCCCAACCCAGCGCACUUCAUCAUGACUGAUGAUCUGGACGAUCUGGACGAAGAGAUUGUGUCUCCCAUGUCCAUGCAGUCUGCCCCCUUGCCGAGCGGUGUCCGCCAGCGCGCCGUGGACCCGCAGCACUCCCUCGGAUCUCAGAGAGACCUAACUCACUCCGACUCCGAUUCCUCCUUCCUGUACAUGAGCGACCAUCAGCGCAUCCCAGGCUCUGCUCCCAAGCUCCUGGCCGCCAGGCCCCCCAUGCUGACCAGGUGCGCAGAGGAGGCGGCUUCAGGCCACCCUGCCGGCUGCACCCCGACCUCCAACGGAGGCAGCAGGCACGGCGAGGCCUCCUCGCUGGGGGCUUUGCAGGAGCGGCUGGCCGAGAGCCCGGUGGUGGCAAAGAAGAUGAUGAUGCUGAACCAUGGUAUGGAGAAGUCCGCCAGCCUCGGGGAGAUCAGCCACGCGACAGCAGGCAGGCAGAGCCACUCCGAUUCCUCCCGCUCACACAGCCCCAGCUCCACCGAGCCCGACACGCCCUCCCCCAUCUCUGACUCCAGGCCCGGCAAUGCUAAGAACACCCGCAUCCCGCAGCUGGCCGCCAAGAAGAACGCCGGGGAAGAGGACAGCGGCUCCACGGGCGAGGAGACUGACUCCAGCCAGGGCAAGAAAAAGUUCCCCCUAAAGAUCUUCAAAAAGCCCAAGAAGUAGGAGGAGGAGGAAAGCCAGCCACCAACCCAAUCCAUUGGGCAGGGAGGGGCGGGGCACAGAGCCACGGGCGAGGGCACCUUCCCACCCCUUCCAGGAGCCACGUGGGUGGGGUGCUUGCAACUGCCCCCCCCUCCUCUCCGCCCCCAGAACCCCUCUGCCUCCCAAUCAAGUUGUGUAAAAUCUGCAGGGGGAAGAGCUAUUUCAACGUAUUUAUUUCCUGAGGUGGAAACCAGCCGCCCCUUCUCCCUCCCGUUCAGUAGCCCCCUGCUUUGCUGUGCAUGGCUUCUCCUGACGUCCGCGUGCUCCCGCCUCCGCUCGGCCACACGGCACUUAGGGUUUGGUUAAUGGGCUUUGAUUUUUCCCCUUUCGGCUUCUUCGGGACUCCUGCAUGCGUGGCUCCUGCUCAGCUUGAGAGCCCCCCCGGGGCGGGGUCCCUCUGGCCCAGACCCGCCGCUUGCAUCUAUGCACCCGCAGGGCUUUGGCCUCCCUCUCGCCUGGGCUGGGGCAGCGGCUCCGGGCGGUCAGGGCCUAGUCCUGGCUACUCAGGGUUGAAUCCGCUGCGUGGCUUUGCAGCUCUCGGGGGGGCAGCGUAG